AUGAGCAGCCGACCAACUAACCGGCCAGUAGCAAACCUGCAGGAGAACUGUCCUUGCGGAUGGGAACAUUCUACGGUCCGGGCUUCCAAUACAUCAGCCACCAGCACAGGGGCCACCGAGCACUUUGACAUGUUUACGUUUGAACAGCCACACGUGGCUCUGGCUACUGAACUGGACAGAGCAGGUGGCGACCGUGUGGGAAACGGGGUAGACGACGCGCAGAGUCUGCUCAAGAAUUUGGAGUCUAGAGCACAGACCCCGUCCGAAACCGGCUCCCCGCCCAGGAGGAGGAAGAGAGAGGCGCGGGCCUCAAAGGAUGCGGAGGUUCUGGACGAACGCGAGCCGUCCUUCAACAGCAACGUCACAGCAUUCGCGCUGAAGGCGAAAGUCGUCUAUCCCAUCAACCAGAAGUUCCGGCCUCUGGCCGACGGCUCCUCCAACCCGUCUCUGCACGAAAACUUAAAGCAGGUGGUUCUGCCCAACCAGCCGGUGGAGGCGUCGCCGUGCAGCAGCCUGGGCAGCCUGAGCCAGGCCGAGAAGGACGAGUGCAGCUCCUCGUCCAGCAUCCACUCGGCCGCCAGCGACGACAGGUUCCUCCGCCGCACCUUCCUCCGCGUCCACAGCUUCCCCGAGGCCCUGACCUGCGAGAGCGCCGACCUUGACCUUUGCAUCUAUCACCUCCACUUAAAGGAUCUGCUCCAGCUGGACGCGGCGCUGAGGCAGGACGAGCACUCGAUGUUUAUUCAGAUUUUUAAAAUGUGCCUCCUUGACCUCCUUCCGAGAAAGAAGCCUGAUGACGAAUUCUACCAGAAGAUUCUUUCAAAACAGGAAAAUGAAUUCAUGGACGAGCGUCCACGUCUCUUACGGUGGGCGGAGAGGUCGUCUGACGGGCGAGGGGACAGCGGGUAUGAGCCUGCAGGGGGCGGGCGGGUCCGAUGGGAUGAGCUGCUGAUGGGGCGGCGAAGGGUGUGCCAAGCUGAGCUGCCCGGAGGCCCCGAGAUGGGACAGGAAGCUUCUGAAGAGGCGUCAGUGCCUCCGGGUGAUGUUCUGUCCUGGCCGAGCCCGGCCCUGCAACGGCUGGCAGGAUUAAGCGAGCCUCAGGUUGUCAUUAUCUCCACCUUCAGCCAUAGCAGCCAGGUCAGUGUGGGCUUCUGGGGCCACGGACCCCUGACCCCUCCCAUGCGGGUCCAGCAAGAAGUGUCCCUCUCAGCCUCAGAGACGGGCGCCAAGGAGGAGCUCCAGCUGGAGCUGCAGGGACCUGCCCCAGAUCCAUUGCCUCUGCCUCUUGCUCCGGGGCCAGGGCCCAUCCCCUGCGCCUGGUCCUCGUCCUCGUCCGCUCCAGCUUCCCCGUCUCUGCCUGGCCCCUGCUGGAAGAGCCAGGAAGCAGCCGGUUGUGACGCACCUGGUGCAACCCUGCCUAACGGCGCCCCCGGCCUCAGGACCUCCUGGAGAGAACGAUGGGGCCGCGUGCACGUGGCGAAGACGAUCGAGUUCCUGAGGCUGCAGAUCCAGGAGGAGACCAGGUGCCGGCUGGCCGCCAUCUCCCGCAGCCUGGACCUGCUGGCCGCCCAGGGCUGGCUGUCCGGGCGGCAGAAGGAGGAGCUGCUGACCCAGCAGCACAAGGCCUUCUGGGAGGAGGCCGAGCGCUUCAGCAGGGAGUUUGUGCAGCGAGGCCAAGAGCUGGUCCAGGCGUCGCAGGCUCGCCAGGCGGAGGGCACGGCGCAGCUCACGCGGGCCCAGGAGGAGGAACGGAGGGCCUUCCUGGCGGAGGCGCCGCUGACCGCCAACCCCGAGGAGCUCCUCCAGGCUUUUCACGGGGUCCUGGAGCGGCAGAGGGUAACGCGCAGUGACCUGGAGGAAGAGGAGAACUUCAGGGCCACUGAGGCCACGGCGGCGCUCUGCCAGGAGCUGUACCGCAGCACCAUGGGAACGUUCCAGACGCUUGCGGACGUCCUGUUCCUGCAGACGCUCCCCGAUGUGACGGGCCUCUCGCGGGCUGAGUGCGACUCCGUGAGGCGGGAGGCCCAGGAGGACGCCGCCCUGCAGCUGGGGAACGCGGAUCGCUUCCGCCGACAGCAGUGGAGGCUGUCCCAGGACCUCCUGGAGCACGAGCAGCAGGUGUGGAUGGAGGAGCACGCCCUGUCCACUGUGCUGCAGACACACCUGCGGGACGACCACGAGAGCGCCAUCCACUGCGUGCUGGGCCGGCUCGGGGGCCUCAGUGAGGAGUCUGCACGGUGCCUCCUGCAGGGGCAUGAGCUGCUCCUGCGCUCCGCCCUCCGGAGGCUGGCUCUCCGUGACCAUGCAGUCGCCGCGCUGGCGCAGAUGCGGCUGUCCGGGAAGAAGCGCCUGCUGCAGGAGCUGCGCGAGCAGCACGCCCUGGAGCAGGGCUCCUCCCAGUGCCUGGACGAGCAUCAGUGGCAGCUGCUUGGAGCCCUGGAGGCCCGCGUGCUGGAGGAGACCGGCCGGCUGGAGGAGGAGGCGCAGCUCACACGGCUGCAGCUGCAGCAGCAGCUCCUGGCGGAGGCGCAGGAGGUGGGCCGGCUCCUGCAGCAGCACACGGAGCGGGCGGUGGGGCAGGCGCUGCUGGGGCACGCGCGGACCGCCGCCACCAGGAGCCGGACCAAGGACCGGGAUGACUUCAAGAGGACGCUGCUGGAGGCGGCCGUGGAGAGCGUGUACGUGACCAGCGCGGGCGUCGGCCGGCUGGUGCAGGCGUACGACCAGCAGGUUGGGAGGGCCAUGCGGGACCACACGGAGCGCAGGCUGGAGCACUUGGAGAGCCUGCAGGGUGAGAGAAGGGACAGUUACAAGCUGCGGAAAAAGCAGGAACUCGGUGACCCUCCGUCGGAGGGCAAGGAGGCAGGUGGAACUCAUGAUGCGCCCCAAGGCGUCCACCAGAGGAUGCGGGCGCAGCAGAAACGGUUCCUGGCCCAGUUCACGGCCCACCAGCGCACCCGCCUGGACACGUGGCAGCAGAGGGCGCGGGGCCUGGACCUCCUGGAAGCCCAGCUGGAGACGCAGCUGCAGGAAGCCGAGCAGAGCUUCAUCGCCGAGCUGGCGGCCUUGGCCCGGGUGCCCCUUGCCGAAAGCAAACCGUCUCCGAGUAAGCGGGGCCUGCCAGAGAAGCCCCUAAGGACCAAACGGAAGAAGCCGGCGCUCCGGGACCGAGGGGACCUGGGGGGGCCCAGCAACGACGAGCCUGCCUCCGGGGAGCACCCCUCAGGAUCGCUCAGCCCAAGGCCCAGCCAGCAGGAGGGCGACGCUGGUGCCGGGGAGGACCCCAGGAAGCUGCUGAAGAGAAGGAGCAACUUGUAGUCUAAGGCCUGUCCCUGGGGCGGAACCUGAGGUCUGAGUGCCCGCCCCGCCCCCUGCCUUGUGAGACUGAGGAGGGCCCCCACACAGAGGUGCAGACUGCACCCCCUCCCUAGGAGGAGUGUCUGCCCUGGGGGCACCGCUUCCCCAGUGGACGGUGAGAAGGCCCGAGGCUUCCAGACCGGCCCACAUCCACCCACCAGGAGAGGUGUUCCCAUGAAAAAGAAAAUGGUUCUUCUUGGCCAAAUCCUGGAUUUCGACCUCGGCACGUGGUCGUGUUGGGUGAGACCAUUCUUGGGGGGCCGCCCUGGGCAUUACGGGGUGUUUGGCAGCGUCUGGCCUCUCCUCACCAGAUGCCAGUAGCAUCCCCCGUGUGACAACCAAAAACGUCUGCAGACACUUUUAGAUGCCCCGGGGGGCACCCCCGUGACCUGAGGCCACCCCGAUGGAGAGCUCAGUGCUGCCACGAAUCCCCGGAAUAAGGAGGGCUCUGGGCUCUGGGCGCCAUGUCUCGGGGAUAUUCUGGACUGUUUAUGGCCUGAGUGUUUAUUUCUUAAAACCCGAACUAGACUCUCUCAGGCAGGAGGGUGGCUCCUUAAAGAAGUGACCCACACGAAUGACGGGGUUUAACCAUCCUCAGAGCAUCCUCCAGUCAGCAGACAGACGGGAUUCCCCAAGUCGGCCAACAGCGCCCUCUUGUGGCCAAAGAAAGCGUCUCCUUAUUCUGCAGCGUCUGGAACACAGCUCCUUGGAGCAGCACUUAGAACCUGGUUCACAGAGAAAUCAUUUCUCUUUUCGUCCCGUGGGUCCCGCACCGAGGCCUUCGGGCAGCGGGCUCCCAGCUGGGACGUCUGAUUGGGUGACGA